AAAUAUAUAUAACACUUGAAGAAAGGAAAUGCUUUUGCUUUGCUAUCAAAUACAGUUCUAUGUAAAGAUGUCAAAUUACAAACUUUGAGGCAUUAACUGUACUUAAUGAAGUUCUUUUUUCUAUAGUGUGUUUAGUUUUGGUUUCUGGAUGAGGUUUCACAUUCCUGUCAGCGGCGGGGAGGGGUGGGACGGGGCGGGGCUUUAUGUCGGGGGCGGAGUCGGAGGCGGGGCGACGCUGGAACUUCAGACACGCUGAGAUCUGAGCAUCACUCGAGGAAUAAAGGACUGAAUUAAAGUCAUUAUGAAACUCUGUUACCUGCUGCUGCUGUCAGUGCCAGGGCUGGUUCUGGCUCAGGAUCAGAACUAUGAUGAUUACUCAGAAAUCUUUGGAAACAGCAACAGUUACGACCCGUUCUACUAUCCAGCCGUCUCUCAGACAAACUCUCUCUCUUCUCAGUCUCUGUCUCUCUCUCUCUCUCUGUCUCUCUCUCUCUCUCUUCAUCUCUCUGUCUUUGUGUUUUUUGCAGCGGUGGAGUUUCAGACAGAGCCGACUGAACCCGGGCCACUGGACUGUCGUGAGGAACAGUAUCCCUGCACUCGUCUCUAUUCUGUCCAUCAGCCGUGCAAACAGUGUCUCAACAGCAUCUGCUUCUACAGGUCAGUUUACGUGAUCAACAAGGAGAUCUGUGUGAGGACGGUGUGCGCUCACGAGGAGCUGCUGCGGGCGGAUCUGUGUCGUGAUCAGUUCUCACGCUGCGGCAUCGUCGCUCUCAGCGGACAGUGUGGGGCGAUGGUGGGCAGCUGCGCUAAGAGCUGCGGGUCCUGCUAGAAACACACACACACACAGACACACACACACACACACAGACACACACACACACACACACACACACACACACACACACACACACACACACACACACACACACACACACACACACACACACACA